UUCCGUAUUGACUGUUUCCCAUUUCGUUACACCCAAGCCAAGGCCUAGGCCCAAGGCGUAUUGUUAUUAAAUGUAAAGUUAAUGGAAUAUCUGUGUUCAUUUAAUAAAUAUUGGACAAUAUAAAAACUUUAUGAAUAUUAUUAAUAAUGGCUGAUACAGAUGAAUCUGAAAAAGUGGUCAAAGUUCUUUAUGACUUUAACUAUGCUGACGAUGGAGAAAAUAUUGAGAUUAAAGCAGGAGAUAUAUAUAGACUUAUAGAAAAAACUAAUGCUGAAUGGUGGCAGGUCUAUGAUCCUUCAGAUUAUGAUGGAGAAUCUUUCUUUGUACCUGCACAAUAUGUUGAGAUUGUUUCAGAUGAUAGUCAUUUGAAAGCACUUUCAGAUUUAGAUAAAGUGCUUACCUUUGGUGAUGACAUUGCUCCAGAGGAUGAUAAUAAGAAAAAUAAAUCAGCCUUACAAGAAUUAUCAAAGUCUAAGCAAAAUGUGUCUUCCAAUAAUUUAAAUAAUGACUCUAAUUGUGCAUCAGUUAGCACAUCAAAAAAUGAUUUGGAUGAAGGAGAAUAUGUAAAUUUGGAUAAAUUUAGGGAAGUAGCAGGCAUUCAUACUGAGGGUAAAAUUGGUCCACCAAUUAGCGCAUCAAAACCUCCACAAGAACUUAUUCAAGGGACAAUACCUCCACCCUUACCCAGUGAGGGCACUUAUGUUAAAGAACUUUUGAAAGGUUUGCCUUGGGAUAUAUAUAAAGAACAUACUUUGGGGAGGCAUUUUUAUGUUAAUCGGGAGACUGGAGAACGUGCAUGGAAACCUCCAAGGAAAGAGAAAGCCUCGCCUGAUCAGCCCAAAGCUCCAGAGAUGAGCUCGCCGGCAUCAGAUUCCUCUCCUGCUAAUAAAGAUGGAGAGUGGUCUGGUAUCCCGCCGGAAUAUGAACAGGUUCAUGAUAAUGGCAAUGUUUAUUUCAUCCAUAAGUCUACCCAGGAGAAGUGGAAGAGAAUAGUGGACAAAGUAGGUCGAAAGUAUUUUCACAAAGUUGGCUCAACAGAUACUCUGUGGGCCCUCCCAGGAGCAAUGGGAGCCCCUGGUAAAGAGACCUCUAUAGAAAACAGUGAGCAAACUAUUCAGAUCAAACCCUUCUCUAGGCGUGAUGUCCAUUGGGAAUCUCAAGGGCAUCGCAUGAGCACGUUUGGGGGAUUGUCAAUGCGAGCUAACAAGGCCAUGUCCACAUAUGGUCAGCUGGAGACUUCCUCAUCAGUUAUCAACAGGUCCUCUACGCUGCCUGCAAACUUCAUGGCUGCCAGAGUCCAGUCACCUGCCAAUGAACGGAGCCGCAGCCCAGUAACAGUGCAGAGACCCACAAAUUUAUCAGCACCAAAUAUUAGUAAUGUGACUAUACUGGAGCCCUUUAUUAACAGCGAUGUACUGGAAGGCUAUGUCAACAAAACCAAGCUAACACUUACAGAGCUGGGCCCCAAGAAAAAAGUCAAGAAGAAUUGGUCUCAGACUUACUUAGUACUGCAGGGAUCCAAUUUAAUAUUUUACAAAGACCAAAAAGCAGCAGCUCAGAAGCAAAACUCACCACAUGGCAAGCCUGAGAUGGUGGUAACUCUACAGGGAGCCCAUGUGGACUUCAACCCCCCGAAAGAAUACACCAGCAAGAAGAACACUAUACUUUUAAAAUCAAAUUCUGGUAUAUUUUUAUUUCACCAAGACAAUGAGAAGACUAUAAGAGAAUGGUUUACUCGUAUGAAGAUAGUCGCUAAUGAUGUCUCACCUAUUACUGAUUCUAGUCCAAAGGAAUUAGACGAUAAGAAAAAUGUUACAAGAAGUGUUUCCACAGAAGAAACCAACACAAGUAUUAGUAAUGUAGACAAGAACAAAAACAUGAUUGGCAUACGAGCCAAACUGUUGGGUUUGAUAUCUCGGCGGCCAACUCAAGAGGACUUGUACAAAAGGGGUAUUAUUAAAGAUGCUGUAUUUGGCUCUUUACUCCAUGAACUAUGUGAUAAAGAAAAAACCAAUGUGCCCAAGUUUGUACAUUUAUGUAUAGCUGCAGUGGAACGUAAAGGUUUAAAACAUGAUGGCUUAUACCGUAUAAGUGGCAAUAUGGCUGAAAUACAACGGCUUCGAUGUACUGUAGAAAAGGAUGAAAACUAUAACUUGUAUGAUGACCAAUGGGACAUACAUGUGCUUACUGGAGCCUUGAAACUGUUCUUCAGAGAGUUAAAAGAGCCUGUAUUUCCCUUUAACCUUUAUGACAGGUUUACAGAUGCCAUUAAAAAAGAAUCAAGAAAAGAAAAAUUGGGUUUAUUUAAAUCUGCUGUAGGAGACCUUCCCCGAUGCAACUAUCACACACUCAAAGAACUUUUUCAGCAUUUGACCAAGGUUAUGGAAGUGUGGCGUGAGAACCGAAUGCAGACUCAGAACAUAGCUAUAGUAUUUGGACCAACGCUCAUGUGGCAGAAAGAAGAGGGUGGCAGCCUGGCCAUUCAGACUGUCUACCAAAGUAAAAUUGUUGAGUUUAUGCUUUUAGAAUUCAACGAACUCUUUUUCCAGUGAUACAGCAUUGUGUGCCUUAUAGUUUAACUUAUUGAAAAUUGUUGCCCCCCCAAUGUUGAUGUUGCAAUAGAAUCAUUCCUGUACAGGAACAUUUCCUUUUAGGUGAACUAUGAUUCCAGCAUGACCAAAUGUUUAGGUGAUGAGUUGUUUUAGCAAGAGUUCUAACUACUUCAAUUAGUCUCACUAAAUCAUUCUUUUUUUUUUUAAACCAUUGAUAUUACUCAUUCAUUUUCUAAGAAAUGUCAUGACUAAAAGAGUUGAUUUACUGGGUUUUUAAAUAACAGUUGGACCUAGUUUAUAGAGGAUUGUUUUGUACCAUGAAGCAACACAUCAAUAAUUAGAAAAAUAUAAUCGAAGAAAUGGUUGAAGAUGGUUUUUUUUUUUAAAUAUUUCUCAGGGAAACAAUUUUAAGGGCUUGUAUGUCAUUUUUUGAUGAAUGUUCAAUUUCAGUGAUAAUAUUAACAUGAAUAAUAAACAAAUGCAAGUAGAACUUUUUUUUUUUUUAGACAACAACAAUAAGAGUUAAUCUAAAACUUGAACCUUAACAUGAUUAGUCAUCACCUUGAUUUAUAAUCUUUCUUGACUGAUUUACUAAAAAAAGAUCAGAAAAAAGGGGGAUGGGGAGGAGGAAUUCAUGCAGCUUUAUUUUAAGAAUAUUCACAUGGGUCAUUAUUUACUGAGCCUGCUUGAAACAUUGCAUAAAAAACCCCCAACAUGUUGGAUGCUAAAUGUCAUCUUAAUGAACUUCUACUGCACCUUUGCAUGUGUGAUGUUUCUUUCUUAUUAGCUUGAGUGUAGUAAAAUUAGAAAUACUAAUUGGCAUAGACAGCUUGACAGUUAAUGGUAUUGUCUGAAGUAGUAUUGCAAAUGGUAUAUGGAAAAUCAUGUUCAAUUGUUACAUUUGUAUAGGAAUAUCUUUUCAAAAUUAUUGUAUUUAUCUUUUUUUUUUUUUACUCACAAUAUUUUAGUGUAACUGAACUCCAAAAAUUGAAUUGACAAUUUGACUUUUCUUUUGUUACUUUUCCUGUUUCUGCCUUUUACAAAUUCAUUUUAUGGAAACAAUCCUUAAGACAUUUUGUUUUUGAAAUAGCAACGUCUAUUACUAAUAGUUGUAAAGAUAUUUUUUGUUUAAUCUCUAAUAAAUACAUGAGUUAUUUCAUAGUUCUGUAAGUCUGUUCGCUAGUGAAAAAAAAAUACCAGUAUUAUUUUGGAAGUGUCCCAACCCUUAAUGUAAUUUGUUACUAUAGGAUAUUGUACAGCCCAAUUAGUUACCCUUGUCUUUCUUGCGAUGUUUGUAAAUAAUUAUGUUUUCAUGUUUCAUGAAGUACCAUAAGAUAGUGCUUAGCUUGUCAUAAAGUUUUCUGUCUUUAAGAAUCUAUUUUGUAUUACUGUUGAGGAGGUUAGACAUACAUACAUUAAAAAACUCCUUGUUUUUUCAGACUAGCUUGAUUGAAAUUGCCCAUGGAUGCAAAUGUUUACAAUCUAACAUUAAACCAUUAUAUUGUUAAAUUGAAAUCACAUUUGAUCAAAGUGUUAACUGAUUUACAGAUGCUGACCUGUUUGUUACUAUUAUACAAGUCUGACAAAAGUAAAUGCAUGUUACUUUGUUCUAUUUAAAUCUAUUGAAUCUUUUUUUUUUUUUUGAA